CUCGUCCACGCACUACUAAAUUAGUGCGAGCGUAGUUUGAAGAGCCGCGGUGCUGUCACCGGCAAUAGUUGUAUUUGAUGGGUGGCUUGAAGGUGAACUGUCAACAAUCUUGCAUCGCAAGUCAGAAUCGCCACUGUGCGCUUUUGUUUAUAAUACUCUGUGUCUUGCCUUUUUUAGACGUGAUGUGUUUAGAUGUUUUCUCUCUCGUUUCUGUCUUCCACGGUUCCAUCUUCGACCUGCACAGACCGCAUCUGACGAGCUCUGGAUGAAGAAACCAUGAUAUUGCGAUGUUCUCUCCUAGUUCAGUGGGUGCAAAUUGACUAU